CUUUAGGAAGAGGAAGUGAGAGGGGCUGCUGAAAACCCCAUGAUACACUGUGCUUUGCAAGGUUCACAGCACUAUGAGAAGGGGAAGUGCGAACAGCAGACGAGCUCAGUAACCACACGGCUGAAAACAGAGACAAACAGAUAUCAAUUUCACCAAAUAGGUCGGACCGAAGAAGUUACAAGAUGGCUCACAAGUGCCUCAAGUGUUUAAAGUACACCAUGUGUGUCGCCAACUUGCUUUGUUUUAUGUGUGGUGUGGCCGUGCUGAGCUUCGGUGCCUACAUGAUGGUGAAACUAAGGUUCGCGGCUCUCACCCCGUCCCUGGCCAGCUUCAAUAUAGCCAACAUCCUGCUGAUCACUGGCAUCAUCAUCACAUGCGUGUCCUUCCUGGGAUUCCUGGGCGCACUCAAGGAGAACCGCUGUCUCCUCUUGACGUUUUUCCUGCUGCUCUUCCUUCUGAUGCUGGUGGAGCUGACUGCAGCAUGUCUGCUACUUGUAUAUGAGAAAGAAAUUGGUGAAAUGGUGGAAAAGGAUCUGAAAAAGGGUUUGAAAAAUGCAAAAGCUGAAGCUGGAAAUUCGACAACAGAUUUGUUAAGUGACUGGGAUCUUGUUCAGACCACAUUUGAAUGCUGUGGAGUUGAAAAUGCAACUGACUGGGGGGAAAAAGUGCCUGAAUCCUGCUGUUCCACUAAAUGUACGGGCUCAAAGACGGACUACUGGCCAAAGGGUUGUUUGAACAAGAUGAAGAAUUCGUUUGAGGAUAAUUUCCUAACCAUUGGGAUCUCUGUCAUUGUCCUCUGUAUUAUUGAGGUCUUGGGAAUGUGCUUUGCCAUGACACUGUUCUGCCACAUUAGCAGAUCUGGACUGGGCUACAAGUUCUGAAUACAGACAUCAAACUUCAUGAUCUUAAUAUUUUACAGUAAAUAUCAUUGUAAAGUUAUUACCAAUUGAAAAACCCUGUGCAGGAGGCUAGAAGGAAAACCUUCUGGAAAGGUUUCCUUAAGAGAAACAUUUUAUAACUGCUUGCUUAAAGCUCAAAUUUUUUCAUGCACUUGAAUCCAAAAUUAGUUUUCUGGCAUCUUUGGUGUCCUGUAACAAGCAGCUUUAUCUACUGUAUGUAUAAUGUCAUUUCAGUCAAAGGUACAUUACUGUACUUAUUUUUGUAUAUGAUUGUUGCCAAGUUUAUCUCGAUGUCUUCGUCGCACAUUUUUUCAAGAAAGACAUUUUUGAAAAGCAACUGUUUCUGUAAAAUAUUACACCUCUUUAAUAAACUACUUAAUGACGA